ACAUUAGGAUCAGCUUUUAGUGAUCUGCAACCCAUCCAACGACCGAGGGCCAGAACAAUAUCAACAGGCACAACAAUAUCUGCACACGCACUCCCAACCGUGUUCAGGUGGGAUGGGGGCGGCAAAAAAGUCCUUAUCGCAGGCAGUUUCAACGGCUGGAAAACGAAAAUACAAAUGGUGAAAAGUACGGAGAAUUUCAUGACGAUCAUUGAACUGGCAGAAGGUGAGCACCAGUACAAGUUCUGUGUGGAUGGCGAUUGGAAGCAUGAUCCCAAGCAGCCGGUUGUCAACAACAAUUUAGGGUCUGUUAACAAUGUGGUGUCAGUAAAAAAGACGGACUUUGAGGUUUUUGAGGCGUUGGCAGUGGACAGUAGCAAAGAUGGUCAUGGGUUAGCUGCAGGGGUGGUGUCAGGGUCACCACCAGGUGAGUACUCACAGGAGAUCCCAGUGAAGACAGCGCACGAGAGGUCAUCCGGUCCACCCAUCCUCCCCCCACAUCUCCUGCAGGUUAUCCUCAAUAAGGACACACCAGUCUCGUGCGAACCGUCUCUCUUGCCUGAACCUCACCACGUCAUGCUGAACCAUCUAUAUGCACUUUCUAUAAAGGUAGACAAAAGAGGGACGUCCUACUAUGGCAAGACACCACAUACAAGUCACUAUACAGCCAACGUUGAAAAUAGUAUACCACAAGUACCACGAGGAUGGUGACCACUGGAAGCAGACACAACCCGUUAGCCCUCCCGAAGACUGAAAAGCAGGACGGAAAUACUGGAGCUCCUAAAAAGUGUUAUUUUAAGUGCAUGGACAAAUUUAAUCUUAAAUUGAUUUACCGAUGAUUGCAUUUUAUACCUAAAACAUUCAUAUGAACUAAUAACAUGAGUACAGUGGUCGCCGCUUUAUCAGGCCUCGGAUAACAGGCACAUUGCUUAAAGGCUCACAAUUCGCAUCCAAACGCUAAUUUCUCCAGUACUAGACUAGCAAAUACUUCGUGUCAUGCAU